CUUUUUUUGUUUUCUAACCGAGCCUUGUUACAAUCUUUGGUCUAUUCCGAAUAGUGGACCCUACUAACUAGCCUUUGGAAAUGAGGAAAGGGAGUCAGACCUUGUCGUUGACCCGACGGAACAAUCGGCGCAAGUCGUCGACACCCACGGAAGAAGCCCCCGUCGCGGAUGCUCCAGACACCGCUCCAACAUCAAUGGCUUCGUCGGAUCCCCCGCCCAAAGCGCGGGCCAAGCAGCAGAAUUCGUCCAAAGUAACGCCGGAUCAAGCCGUCUUGACGGCCAAGAAUUACCGCAUGGCAAAAGAACUGAGCGAACUUCGGGUACGGCACCGCGAAGAAUGCAAGAACGUUACGAGGCUAACGAUGGAAAACAUGAAUUUGGCUUCCCGGUGUCGUGAAGCGAUCAGCCACGUAGCAAUGCUGAAAAAGGAAUUGGCGCUGACACAGAAACAGACAGGCUCGGUGCUGACCCGAAAAGAACUGGAGCAUUCGCAGAACACCGGAACGAGUGCAAGUGUUAGUACUGUGGAAUGCAACGAUACGAAUGUGCCGGAGGUGCUUGUUCCCACCAGGCAGCCCGAAGUUCACCAACUCGCGCCCUUGUCGACGAGUCAAUCAGUUGCCGGUCCGACUGUGACGGCGAAAGCUAAUUCAGUCAGCCGGAAGUCUGAUGAAGGGGUCAAAAAGGACACCCCGGGUCGUCUGUGUCCAAUACACGAACCUCCCUCGAAAUCCACCAAGGAAUCCGGAACGGGAGCUUCUCCCACACUCACCUUGACCGCCAACAGUACAGACGAGUCGUCGGAAACUGAAAGCACUUUGACGAAAAACGAUGGGAUGCAACUGGUGAAUUCCUCGGAAGGAUCCACAGUCUCGCCGAGGCAAAACUUGACACCACCUAGCCCCGCCGUGUUAUCUGAAGACGCGGAGUCCGAAGUUGAAGAUUCCCCUGACAGUCAUGACAUACCCAUUGGAACAGCCGAUUCCGAUGAAUUUGAAGAGCAACUAUCAGUCGAUCGGGAAUACUGGAACUGA